AUGCCAAGCUCCCUGUGUAUUCCCAGACACAGGAGUUUCUGUAAUGUGCACUGUUGUUCUUAGAUGUUUUAACAUUGUAUAAUUGUUGUGUGUAUCUGGAUAUCCUGAGAAUAGUCCUAAUGGUUCUGAACAAACAACAACUCCCAGAACACUGACAUUGUUAAAAUAUUUCAAAAUACCAACAGACCAGCAGUAUGGCCUUGAAAUUAAUUGCAAAGCAACUAGAGGAACUGUAUCAGGAAAUUCCAGAAGACUGUGGCUUUACAGCGGGUCCCCUGGAAGAUGACAUGCUCCAUUGGGAGGCCUCCAUCAUAGGACCAGAGGACAGUCCAUACAAGGGAGGAAGAUUUUGGUUACGAGUUGACUUCACAGCAGACUACCCCUUUCGACCUCCAAAAAUAUUUUUCCUGACAAAAGUGUUCCAUCCUAAUGUGGAGCCUGAUGGUAAAAUCUGUGUUGACUUUUUACAAGAAGAGUGGAAACCAUCUUAUACCAUUGGUUACAUUUUAAUGGCCAUUUGCUCUCUCUUACUGCAUCCUAAUCCGGAGAACCCUGCCUCUGAGGAGGCUGCUAACAUGUAUAUCAGUGACCCGGAACAAUUUAACAAGACCGCAGAGGAGUGGACUAAGCUACAUGCCCCCCUUGAUGUCUGACCACAGGCCAUCUUAGUUUACCAUUGCCAUAACACAAGACACUUUUACGUUUUGACUUGUAUUUCAAUGUUAUACAUGAAUCAGUUAUUGGACAAUUGCUAUAAACUAGCUGCAGAACUGUAGCUCUCCAAUAAAAUCUGUAUUGACAGACAGGAAUGUAGCUCUCCGAAAAAAUCUGUAUUGACAGACAGGAGAGCUACAGUGCCAUCCAUUGAAAAAACUGUAUAUUUAUUGUGCACAGAAAAGUGCGCUCGGUUCUUGGUUAAUUCUUCCAAGUUCGUACCUCAAUUGCAAAAAAGCUAGAUUUAAAAAAAGUCCUUACUCCUCUAUCAAGUACUUUCGUAGUUUACAUCAGUACGAAGCACCUUGGACCGAAUUAUCUUGCAAACCAAAAUGGCAGAUUAAAUAGGCGAAAUUUUCGAUGAUAUCAAUUUCAGGGCCAGGAGGGAUAUUAUAAACAAUUACUGGGUAAGGAAUGUUUUGUUGUGGAAACAGUGAAAGAAUAUGUUAGGAACACACAGUUGGUAAUAUUUUGAGAUGACAGUUUUAAAAAUAUGGAGAAAUACAUUGUAAAUCGAGAAACGGCACACUUUUUUGUGCGUAAUAAAUAUACAGUUUUUUCAGUGGGUGGCACUGUAGCUCUCUGGUCUGUCCAAAAAAAAAAAAGAAAAUCAGAGAGCAACAGUUCUGCAGCUAGCAAUACAUAUGAUUAAACAGAUUCACUAUUGUGUUGUACCUUUGCAAGGCAUUGUAUAUUUCAUGAGUUAUUAUUUAUUUAUGUACUUAAUUGUUGAAAUUAUGAUUAAACUUUUAUACUUCAAA